CCCGCCUCUCGCGAGAAGCGCCGCGCGAUGGGGCCAGGCGGGCCGGGCUGGCUGCGCUGCGGCCGCCUGGGGGUCCCCGCGGGGCCCGGGCCCUUCCGGGCGCUGCUGCGGGCCCUGCCGCCCCGGUGGGCAGCCCCGCGGCCGCAGGGUACGGCCGGGUACGGCCUCUGCGGAGCGGCCCCGCUCGGAGCCCGCGGGCUGCGGAGCGCCAACCCCUUCACCCGCCGGCAGGAGGAGGAAUGGCGGCGCAGGAACCGCUCGGCGCUCGCCUACAUCGCCGCCGCCGCCGUGGGCAUGGUGGGCAUGUCCUACGCGGCCGUGCCGCUCUACCGCCUCUACUGCCAGGCCACGGGCCUGGGCGGCACCGCGGGCGCGGGGCGGAGCGCGGCGAUCGAGAGCAUGGAGCCGGUGCGGGAGCGGGUCCUCAGGGUCACGUUCAACGCGGACGUGCAUUCCAGCAUCCAGUGGAACUUCAGACCUCAGCAGAAGGAAAUCUACGUGGUACCAGGAGAGACAGCACUGGCAUUUUAUAAAGCAAAAAAUCCUACAGACAAACCAGUAAUUGGAAUCUCUACCUACAAUGUGAUACCCUUUGAAGCAGGACAGUAUUUCAAUAAAAUACAAUGUUUUUGUUUUGAAGAACAGCGGCUGAAUCCUCAGGAAGAAGUGGACAUGCCUGUCUUUUUCUACAUUGAUCCAGAAUUUGCAGAGGACCCUAAAAUGGCUAAAGUGGAUUUGAUCACCCUCUCUUACACCUUUUUUGAAGCAAAGGAAGGACUGAAGUUACCACUUCCUGGGUAUCAGUAAUGGGUAAUCUCUACACCAUUUGACUUCUGCUACCUGACUACCAGUUAAACAGAGGGAAAGUUUGCAGGGGUACUGUGCAAUAUGAAAUUAUAUUGUUAAACCACCAUGGGCAGUUGCUACUGUUAUGAAAGGAUGUAUUUCUAUUUUUUUAAAUAAACACUUCUGUAGUUGGAAUAUUAUUUCUUAGGGAUAGGAUUUCUUCAUCAGAAAGGAAACACACUGUUCCUGGAAGAGAGAGGGUUUUCUCAAGCCAUCUUUUUAUGAGAUGAUAACAUCUUGCCUGAAUACUGCAAGGUGGGUUUUUAAAGCCAAGUGUAAAUUGAGAUCUUCAUUUAAAUACAGAGAAACAAAUCAAUUUUUUUAAGCAUCUAAAAUUGCAUUGCUGACUCUGAAGAGUAAUUUCCAUGUAGGUUAAUGUAUAGGAAAGGUAAACAGUUAAUGAAAUCUCAAAAACUAGAGUUUGACUGUAUUGCUUUGUAACCCUCCCAUGGCACAGGAGGAUAUGGUGAUUCAGAAGAUGGUGCACCCUUUCCAGUUAUUACUGAAUCAGUAGUUCAUUUGGUAAGAGCAGACUGCUCUAAAACUGUUAGCAUUUUAAUGAGGAACAGUAAUUUAAAUGUAAGCAUGUCAGAUCUGUGGUAUGGUUGCCUUUGGAAAUGCCUCAUCUUCAAACUCAUUUCAUAGAGCUGUACUGCUCACGACUGCAGAGAGGGCUGCACAGCAGGCACCCUGCACAGAGACAAGCUCAGCUUACUCAUGGAAUGCUCUGAACUGCAGGCUGAGUUAACAGCAAAGAAACCUCCCCAGAAACCAAAGGGAAAUCCACCCCAUUCCCAGGUUAAGCCUGACACAGCCUGCCCAGCAGCAUGGCAGUUGCUCAGAGCUGCUCCUAGGUACUCGUUUAUCAGAACACGUAAGCUUGUAUUUAUGUAACUUUUGGUCAUUAUUGUGGGGUAGGGAUAAUAACACUUUAUUAUGGCUUUGCAAAUGAGGAGUGAGUUGCAGAGCAAGUUUAAGUGCCCUACUCAUUUUCAGACAGGAGUUCCUAUCAGCACAGUAUCUUAGCUGCCAGGCCAGUUCUUUCUGCCCCUUUCAGCAGAUGAGAUCUAACAAAGUAAGACUACUAAAAAAGUAAUGAGCAUAUCAGAAAUAACCUCCAGUUACUUUAGUCUCAAUUAUAUUUGCAUACAGUAAAUUGUUUUUUGUUUGUUUGGGGUUUUUUUAAAUAAAUGGAUGCUACCUUUAAAAUGCCUUAUGCCAAUUACAUGUGUUUAAAUAGAUUCUGGAUGACAUUCAUGUCAGGUCUUCACUGUGUAUUUCUUAUAAAACUUGUAAUUUUUUCACCUCUCUAAUGCACUUUAUCUAAUAGAACAUGUGGAGCCCACACAAGUGAAACACAUCUGUAUGAAGAUGGCAGCAAGCUUUGUAAUGCCAGUUAUGCCACAAAAAAAAAAAAAAAAAGACAAAACAUUGAAUCCAGGCUAGGAAGAAAAAUAAAAUCUUACCUGGGA